UGUUAGUGGAAUACAAAUAGUUGAGCAUAACAUGACAGAACUCACAAUUUUUGGUUUUGUACCACGACGUGUAGAACACAUGUCUGACUUUCUGCGCAUCCAUGUAUUACAAGAGCAUGGAGGAAUAUACAUAGACAAUGACAUCUUAGCAUUGAAAAGCAUUGAACCCCUUCGACACUACGAUCACACUCAAGGUAUAGGUCUCCAUGGUGAUGGUCUCUCAAAUGGCGCCAUUAUCGCAAAAAAGGAAUCCAUUCUUUUCAAUCUUUGGAUAGAGGCAUACAGGACAUAUAAAACAUUUGGUAAGUCUGACAUCAGAAAUAACAUCCGUCUAUGGGGAUACUAUUCAAUCCACAUUCCUAGGAUGCUACUCACAAUAUAUCCGCACCUUGUGCACAUAGAGUCGCAAACCCUGAUAAAACCAAAACCAAGUGUUUACAUGGACAAGAGAAGAAUAAAAUAUGUCUGGGAGAAUAAUUACUCUAUUCAUGUAUGGCAACGUCUUUUGACUGUUCCUGACAGUCCAGAAAAAAUUCCAGAUUUGCCGUCAGAGUCUCUUCUUCGGCAAGCUAUGGAAUAUAUUUGGUUUGACAGGAAACCUUUGGAUAUGGCAUAACAAUGAGACUCAACAAUGACAUGCAGUUCCAUCGUGCCCCCUUUGUCUUAAUCUUUCCAAACGAAAGAUAAGAGGGGGUCUGGUAAACCUGGUAGACCAAAAUUACGCAAUUUGUGAAAUAGUGAAAAUAUGACAUACAUUAGCUGUAGAAUUAAAUGCCAGGAUUCAUGCAACAUUAGAA